AUGCGCGAGCGAAGCAGCAGCCACUCGCUGUAUCCCACGUCACUACUACCCGGAGGAAACAGUAUUCCCUCAUCGCCUCGCUCUCGGUCGCCGUCCUACAGUGCAUAUCCCGGUGCUCCCAGUGGCUCAGCCUCCCAGUCGCAGACACGAGAGCGGAGUGGCAGCUACUCGCCGCACCCGAUGCAAUUACAGCCCGGAAGUAGGCCUUCCUCGCGCCCUCACUCCCCAUCCCUCUCCUACAACGGCAGCGACGAACUCCACUUCGGCGAUACUCCCCCAUCUUCGUCUCGACAGCCCUCUCCGACCUCUUCAUCUCAUGCCGCGUCUCCUCCCGCGCCUUCUCAAACCGCUGAGCAACUGGCUUCACAGCCCCAAGGCAUAGAGAAUGGUGUUUCAGCCUCUCGCGAGCGCUCGCCGUCUGCUUCUUUCCCCGGUGGAUACGUCCCCUAUUCUGCCGCCGCUCUACAAAAAGCCCCUCCACCAGCAGGCGCUCCGGCUCCGGCUCCGGCCCCCACGUACCCGCAACAUUCUCCCGCACUCUCCUUCAGCAACGGAUAUCUCAACAGCCUUCCGCCUUCACUGAGCGUGUCUGCUCCCCGAUAA